AUUGCUCCGAGAGCACGGGCGAGGGCAGGGGUGAGGGAAGGACCGAGCUGUCGCAGAUGACGAGCGACGACGCAGGUGCGGAUGCUCCUGGCGACAACCGCCGUGCAGGAGUGGCGCUCACGGUGCGUAAGGCCGAGUCGAUGACCAGCAGCCAUGCUGAAGAUGGAGACGACAUAGUACAGAAGCGGUGGCCAUGGAUCUCGCCGGUCGGCUUUCUCGUUGUUCUCUCCAUGUUUGGCUUUGUCCAGUCGAUGGUGGUCACCGGCCUGAUGUCUGUCAACAUCGCAUCGCUCGAGACCCGAUACCGGCUCUCGUCGAAAGAGUCGUCGAUGGUCUCGUCAGUGUACGACAUCACAGUCACACUAUCGGUGGUGAUUAUCACUAUCCUGGGCGCGCGAAGCCACAAGCCGCGAACUCUAGCUCUCGCCUUUGUCCUCCUCGGCGUCGGCUCGCUGGUCUUUGCGCUCCCACACUUUGUCGCCGGCAGCUACACCUUUUCAGCCUCCGGCUCGGUCGUCGACAUGUGCGUCCUUCCGCAACUUUCUGGUUUGGGCACGCGCGCUCCUCAUCGGGACUGCUCAGCGCGCUCCGAGCUCGCAUACGCGCUUCUCAUUGUCGGUCAGAUCAUCAUCGGCUUUGGCGCUGCACCGCUCUACACGCUCGGCCCAGCGUACCUUGACGAGAACCUCUCGGCGGACCGGCUCCCACUCUUUCUGGGCGUCUUUUACGCCAUGACAGCAGUCGGACCAGCUGCGGGCUUUGUCGGCGGCUCGAUGAUGCUCUCGAUCUGGGUCGAGCCGGGCUCACGGCCUCAGGGCAUGCAGGAAACUGAUCCGGAAUGGGUCGGCUGUUGGUGGCUCGGCUACCUUGUUGCGGCAGGACUCUCGUUCUUGUUUGCCGUGCCGCUUGCCACCUUUCCGCGCAUCCUCGACCAGCGAUUCUACGUGCCGCCGAUUGCUCGCUCGCUCCGCGACCACGUCGUCUCGCUCAAGGCCGUCCUCGUCUCGGGCCCGUGGGUCCUCGUCUCGCUUGCCACCUCAGCCGAGGCCUUUCUCCUCUCGGGCGGCUCGCUGUUUAUGGCUAAGAUGGUGCAAUCGCUGUAUGGGGUCUCGGCAUCGCGGGCAGGGCUCCUUGUGGGAGCUAUGGUUGUGCCCGGCGCUGCUGGUGGCAUGUUUGCCGGCGGUUGGGCAGUCGGCCACUGGAAGCUCAGCGUCAAGGCCAAUGCCAAGCUCACGCUUGUCAUCGCCUGUCUGGCUGCCGCCGCCAUGGCAUUCUUCCUUGUCGGAUGUACCAAUGCGCCGAUGGCCGGCGUGACCCGCCCGUAUACGAGUGAGGCGAGCGUGCCAGUGCCACCCCCAACGGCGCGGCCGAUCGUACCGGCCUGCGCCGCCAAUUGCUCGUGCUCGACAUGGCCGUUCAAGCCGGUCUGCGGCUCGGACAAGAUUCAGUACUUUUCUGCUUGCUUUGCCGGCUGCCGCGACCGCUUCCCGCGUCGCGACAAUGGCAAUCUCAACGCUUUGAGCCUGCAGAACUGCAGCUGCGUGGCUUCGGGCCUUCCCGCGCCGGCUCCCGCCAGCCUCGGAUCGGCAUCGUGGGGCCUCUGCUCCACAAACUGCCCAUACCUCCCGCUCUUUCUCGCCGAGCAUCGGGCCUUUGGCCUCGCCGCGCAGUCGGUCGCCUUUCGGCUCCUCGGCGGCAUUCCGGGCCCGGUUGUCUUCGGCGCUCUCCUUGACUCGGCGUGCCUUCUUUGGGAGCGCAAAUGUAACGAGACGGGAUCCUGCUAUCUCUACGACUCGUGGCUUGUCCGCAUCCGCAUCUACGUUCUUGCCCUCGCCUGCAAGGCCGUCUCGAUCAGCGUCCUCGUUGCCGCCUGGCGCCUCGCCCCUACCGGCAUGCAACGCGUUGACACGACAGCGGACGUCAUCGAAGACGUUCCAGUCGCGCUCCCUCGAGCGGCGAACCCAAGAUUACCCGAAAGUCACAUGGUGUACUUUGCGUGUGCUGGGUGCGGCAAGUCACUGCUCCUUGCCGAGCACGUCAACGAGCACGAGGCCGGCGAGGGCCAGACGUCGUUCAAGUGGCGCAAGCGCGAUGCGGCGGUGGUCACUGCCCAGCGUGACGACUCGAUCUGCACCUCGUACUUUGUGGAUCGCAUGGGCUGGAUGGGUGAGAUGGACGCCAACGAGGGCCGUGUCUGCUGCCCAAAGUGCAAGGCCAAGCUCGGCAAGUACUUUUGGUCCGGGACCCAAUGCUCGUGCGGGGCGUGGGUGACGCCGGCUAUCCAGAUUUCAAAGGCCAAGGUCGACUGCAAGACGAUUGCAAGCUGA